GCGGCGGCCCAGAGAGAGAGAGAUCAGAGGAUGGGGAGGGGGAGAGUGGAAAUGAAGAGAAUAGAGAACAAAAUAAACAGGCAGGUCACAUUCUCAAAGAGGAGAAUUGGGCUUUUCAAGAAAGCUUUUGAGCUCUCCGUUCUCUGUGAUGCCGAAGUUGCCCUCAUCGUCUUCUCCAGCCGCGGCAAGCUUUUCGACUUUGCCACUUGCAGCGGCGGCAUGAUCAAAACCCUUGAGCGCUACCAAAAUUCCAAACUUAAUCUUACUCAACAACAAAUCUCCACUGCUGGUAGAGAUAGAGAAACCCAGCUGCAGAGCUGCCCGUACCGUGACGAGUUUCUAACACUCAAAGCCACGUAUGAAUCUCUUCAAAGAACUCAAAGGAAUCUGCUUGGAGAAGAUCUGGGCCAACUCGACAUCAGAGAGUUGGAUAAUCUCGAGAAACAGCUUGAAAGUGCUCUUGCACAAGCCAGGCAAAGAAGGGCUGAAAUUCUGAUGGAACAGAUGGAUGAACUUCGAAGAAAGGAGAGGCAUCUAAUUGCUAUGAAUAAGCAGCUGAAGAUCAAAGUUUCAGAAGAAUUGUCAUUGCCUUCUCAAUCCGACCACGGCCCCCAACCCUUUCUCCAAAUCGGGUAUGAUCACUAUAUGGGGGCAGAAGUAGGAUCCUCUGGGACAAGGGACAUUGAAUCGGAGUGCAACGUUUACCACGGCUGGAACUUUUCACCUUUCUGAACCAUACCCACCCUACCUAACCCAUCUCCUACCUAGCUAUAUAGUUAUUCAUAUAUACAUAUACUUUUGGUAAAGUCCUCUCCUAUAUAUACACAUAUGCGUACUACUACAUUAUCAUAGAUACUCAUUAUCUACUGGAGUCUUCUCUUUUGGUGGUAUUUAUAUCAUAUGUUGUUUAUCUAGUCUAGCUGCAUAUAUGGGCAUUGAAGAACAUAUUUCAACUUUAGUGAUAUGAUAGAGUUUAAGAGUAGAUAGAAAUCACUCAACUCAACUCAACUCAACUGUAUUCUAGACUAAAUGCUUGAAUCCAUA